AUACUCGGGCGGCAAUCUCAAGAUAUAAGGCAGCGCUGCCUUGCGCCCCUCACCUCACCGUCCAGCAGGGCAGCUUGCCUUUGACCACUCCGUGACUUGGCCCGCUCUCGCCACCCUACUCUCACCGCAACCUCGCCCGCAACCUCGCCCGCAAACCGCAGCCAUGGCCGACCCGUUCAAGACGAAGACGAUGAAGAGGAAGAACGUCAAGGGCCUCGCACUCAGCGCGCCUCCGCCAAAGCCCGCGCCUUCAGCUGGCGACGCACAGGUCCCGGGCGGCCUCGCCAACAGCCAGGACCGCCCUGACACACUCGAGAUUGGCGUCGAGUUCCGGCUGGAUCUGAAGGCGGACGAUUUGAUUGUGCUGCGGGAACUCGGUCACGGGAACGGAGGAACGGUCAGCAAGGUGCAGCACUCGGCCACCAAGGUUAUCAUGGCGAGGAAGGUCAUACACGUCGAAGCGAAGAACGAAGUGCGCAAGCGCAUUGUCCGCGAGUUGCGCAUCAUGCACGACUGCAACUCGGAAAAUAUUGUUGCCUUCUACGGCGCCUUCCAGAACGACACCGGGGACGUGAUAAUGUGCAUGGAGUACAUGGACGUGGGCUCUCUCGACUGGGUCUCUCGAACAUUUGGACCUGUGCGCGUCGACGUGCUCGGCAAGAUUUCAGAAGCCGUGCUCGGCGGACUUAGCUACCUCUACAGCGCACACCGCAUCAUGCACCGCGACUUGAAGCCGUCCAACAUCCUCGUAAACUCGAGGGGCCAGAUCAAGUUGUGCGAUUUCGGAGUAUCGAGUGAACUGGACGGAUCCAUCGCCGAGACAUUCGUCGGCACAGGCACAUACAUGGCACCAGAGCGGAUACAGGGGUCGCCAUACACCGUCAAGUCAGAUGUUUGGAGUGUCGGUCUUUCCAUUAUGGAGCUGGCAAUCGGCAAAUUUCCCUUCGCGGGCAGCGGAGACGAUGACGACGCUGGAGGCCCCCAGGGUAUCCUCGAUCUUUUGCAGCAGAUUGUUCUGGAGCCAGCGCCCAAGCUGCCAAAGAGCGAUGCGUUCCCCUCGAUUCUGGAAGACAUGAUCGCAAAGUGUCUGUUGAAGGACCCAGCAGAGCGACCAACCCCCAAGGAACUCUAUGACCACGAUGCCUUCCUUCAAGCCGCAAAACGCACGCCAGUCGAUCUUGAAGCUUGGGCUGUCAGCAUGAUCGAACACAACAAGCGCAAAUCCUACCUCGCCCCUACUGUACCAUCAACUCAGAUACGCGAGAAGUUACGUGAACGCUCACCCCCCUCGCGUAGAGGGUCCGCCGAUGUCAGAUCUCACGCAUCCAACCCUAGUCAAUCGUCUAUUGGAUCUGCUUCCCAGGGAUCAGUGCCCCCGCGCCCAUACCCUGUCCGGACAUCCAGCAACGCCAGCCAAAACGCCAUGUCUCUGCCGAUCCGACCUGCACCUGGGCUAUCAGAAGGCACAAAUUCUAGACCGCACUCGAGAGGCCCAGCGCCAAAUGGGGCAUUACCCCCUGCGUCUAGGAGGUGGAACGCCGAGUAUCAGUAGUCACCUCGUCUGCAAUUGACUGUUUAUUUCACGGGGAUUUUUUGGUAGCUGUACUGGCAUGUCUGGUUUCAUUUGGCUUCUUUCGAUACAUUCUUGAUCUGCAUUUCCGUCAAGCAUUGGCGGGGAGAAAUGGGGAUGGGGGAGAGGGGAGGAGGAGGUGCAGUUAAGGUUUGGAGUAACAAAAU